AUGGGAAGAGCCAAGUUCAGAGACAAUGAAAGGGAUGCCGGCGAAUGCCGCCUCUUCGUCGAGAACCUUUGCGGAGCGGCGCUUAAGUGGUUCUCUCGUCUGAAGCAAAACUCUAUCGGGAGUUUCUGCCAACUAGCUUCGGAUUUUCUCAAAGAGUACUCUAUGUUCAUAGAUCGAGAAACCUCCGACGUCGAACUCUGGAGUUUAUCUCAAGGAGAAGACGAGUUUCUCCGCGACUUAAUAGCACGGUUCAAAACCGUGAUGGCUAGAGUCAGCGGAAUCAGCGACAAAGUGGCCAUAGAUGCGCUCCGAAUGACACUCUGGUACAAGUCGAAGCUCAGGAAGUGGAUAAUCUUGGACAAGCCGCGAAAUGACAAAAACGGCCGGACGACGGGUAAUACGUGGACUCAAAAUCCGAACUAUGAUGAGAUUGUCUUCUGCGACUUUCAUCAAGCCCGCGGCCACUCAACCGUUAAUUGCAAAGUUCUCGGCGUAAGAUUGGCCGCAAAACUGCUUGCAGGAGAACUCACUGAAGUAUUGAGCAUUAAAGACCUCAUCCGCGAAUCGGACCGCCUUCCGAGAAAAGAUAAGGCUCCCCAAACGGAAAACUCUUUCCAAGGGAACCCAUCAGGUAAAAAGCGCGGAAGAAGGCAAGACGAGAAGGGCAACGAUAGUAGCCGCCGUAGAGUCAAUAUGAUCAUCGGAGGAUCGCAGUAUUGUGGCGAUACCGUCUCUGCCAUCAAAGCUUAUCAGCGGGCAAUCACUUUCGACGAAGAAGAGGCUGGCGGAAUCGACCAGCCCCAUUGUGACCCACCCAUAAUCGAUCUCGUGAUAAGAGAUCUCGAAGUCGCAAGGGUUCUCAUCGACACAGGCAACACAGUCAAUGUCAUCUUCCGCGACACUCUCAAACGGAUGAACGUCGAGCUAGGGGAAGUCAUACCAUCGCCCAAGCCGCUAACUGGUUUCGAGGGCACGACAUCUAUGACUCUCGGAUCGGUCAAACUGCAAGUCGCGGCGAAAGAAGUCAUGAAAAUCGUCGACUUCGCGGUCGUCGACCACCUGGCCAUCUACAACGUCAUCAUCGGCACGCCUUGUCUAAACGCCAUGAAGGCAGUCCCAUCGACUUCACAUUUAGGCAACAAAUUCCCGUCUCAUAACGGAAUUUCCGCAAUCUGGGGAUCCCAGACGCAAUCAAGACGUUGCUUCCUGGCCGAAUACAAGCUACGGCAAAUCACGACCACCGCAAUGGUGAAGCCCAAACAGGAAAAGCUAACUCAGACGUCGACUGAAAACGUUUCGAAAAAAGACGAUCCAGAAUCGUCGACUCAACCAACAACCAAAGAACAAUCAGUUUCAGAGCCUAACGCUUCUACCCUACCGGAGGAAACAGAUCCGGUAAAAUACAUCGAUCCUGCAACUAACGCGACCGACGCAGUAGCCGAGUAA